CUGGAUGGGGUCUUAAGGGGAAUAACGGCGUUUGGGAUAAAAUGAUCAUUCUCAAAAGCAUGAUUUAUCUCGUACACCUUUGCCUGGUUUCUGCUGAGAUGCGGAGGGCUCGGGUGCCUUCUGGCUGUUUCGUGCCGGGGAGCGUGUGAAAUUAGCUGGUUUAAGUCCGCAGUCGGAGUUUCGAGCCAAAACGAUAGCCUUGACUGAGGAAAUAUGGGGUGUAUAAAAUCAAAAAGGAAAGACAAUCUGCACGAAGAUUUGAAGAAUCAACCAGUACGUAAAACUGAACGAACUAUUUAUGUGAGGGAUCCAACGUCCAAUAAACAGCAAAGGCCAGCAAAUCCAGAAGCACAGCUCUUACCAGGACAGAGGUUUGUCAGUCCAGAUGCAGAGGAGCAGGGAGUCAUUGUGGUAGCUUUGUAUCCCUAUGAAGGCAUUCAUGAAGAGGACUUGUCCUUCAAAAAAGGAGAAAAACUGAAAGUUAUUGAAGAAUCUGGAGAAUGGUGGAGAGCAAAAUCUCUCACCACAAGAAAAGAAGGUUUCAUACCCAGCAACUAUGUAGCAAAAGUAAACACCCUGGAAACAGAAGAAUGGUUCUUCAAAGACAUAACCCGAAAAGAUGCUGAAAGACAACUCCUGGCUCCUGGAAAUGGUCCUGGAGCUUUCCUUAUCAGAGAAAGUGAAACAUUAAAAGGCAGCUAUUCUCUCUCCAUACGAGACUAUGAUCCAGAGCAUGGUGACGUUAUUAAGCACUACAAAAUCAGGAGUCUAGACAAUGGAGGAUUUUACAUCUCUCCAAGAAUAACUUUUCCUAACAUCAAUGAUAUGAUCAAACAUUAUCAAAGGCAAUCAGAUGGCUUAUGCAGAAAGUUGGAAAAAGCAUGUAUUAGUCCCAAACCUCAAAAACCAUGGGAUAAAGAUGCAUGGGAAAUUCCACGGGAAUCGAUUAAAUUAGUGAAGAAACUUGGAGCUGGUCAGUUUGGAGAAGUCUGGAUGGGUUAUUAUCAUAACAGUACCAAAGUGGCUGUGAAGACUCUGAAGCCUGGAACAAUGUCUGUGCAAGCCUUCCUGGAGGAAGCCAACCUCAUGAAAACACUUCAGCAUGAUAAGCUCGUUAGGCUUUAUGCUGUAGUGACCAAAGAAGAGCCUAUUUAUAUAAUAACAGAGUUCAUGGCAAAAGGAAGUUUGCUGGAUUUUCUGAAGAGUGAUGAAGGAAGUAAAUUGUUGCUUCCAAAGCUAAUCGACUUCUCUGCUCAGAUUGCAGAAGGGAUGGCAUACAUAGAAAGAAAGAAUUAUAUCCAUCGAGAUUUGAGAGCAGCAAAUGUUCUGGUUUCAGACCUACUGAUGUGCAAAAUUGCUGAUUUUGGACUAGCAAGAGUGAUUGAAGACAAUGAAUACACAGCAAGGGAAGGUGCAAAAUUCCCUAUUAAAUGGACAGCACCAGAGGCAAUUAACUAUGGAUCUUUCACUAUAAAAUCUGAUGUGUGGUCUUUUGGGAUUCUCCUGUAUGAAAUUGUUACAUAUGGAAAGAUUCCUUAUCCAGGUAUGAGCAAUUCUGAUGUGAUGGUUGCUCUUCAGCGUGGGUACCGAAUGCCACGCAUGGAAACCUGCCCAGCUGAGCUUUAUGAUAUCAUGAAAACAUGCUGGAAAGACAAAGCAGAAGAGAGGCCAACCUUUGAUUACCUACAGAGUGUGCUUGAUGACUUCUACACAGCUACAGAAGGGCAGUAUCAACAGCAGCCAUAGAACAAAGAACACUUUUUCUAUUGCCAUAGAUCACUGGCACAGACUGUCUUUAGAACAGACUGCUCAAACCAGUUACUUCAUGCAUUCAGAUGUCUUAACUGAGUGUGGAAGCUGAAAUGCUGAAGAAUAAUUCUGCAGAGAAAUGUUGUUUUUAUUUAGUUAAAACAGUUCCUCUAAAGCUUCAAGUUCUCCUUAAAGGCUCCGUGUUUUGCAUCUGUAGAAACACCCCAAAGCAAACAGGCUUUUUGGGGUGGGGAGGGAGAAGGAAGGAAAGCAAUCGUGCCCUGGUACAGUUUGACAAGACCUUCUUAGGAUCUAAGUCAUGCCAUAUGUUACUAGGAGACCUUGAUAAAAGGGUUGAGAGGAUGCAUGAACAGCUGUUUUCAAAACAAAAAGUCACAAAGGAGAACUUAAAGAUUUAAGACAUGGUGGCGUUCUUAAAUCAUCCUUUUUGAAAUACAGCAUAUUGCAGAACUUAUUUUUAUAUCCUUGUUAUUUCACAGUAGUAUCAGGCAUACUGUCACCUCUUGUAAGACUUUCUAAACAGUGUCAAGGUUUCUUUUGAGGAAGAGUUAUGUAUGUAAUUCUUUACACUGGAAAAAGUUCUGAUUUUCUGCUGUAAAACCCUAAAUUUAAGAUCAUUUUCAAAGCAUUACGAAGGCAUCAGAUGCAGAAGAUGCAAGAUGAACACACACGACUGCAGACAUGGCAGCACACCUCACUCUGUGUUCAAGCUUCAGCUUCCCACAAGGCCAAAGUCAUCAUGUCAUCAUCUGAAGUCCAUGGAAAAGCACAGGAUUGUGAAGGAAGUUAAAACCUUCAUUGCAGUCACUGAAAAUGUUACCAGCAAAAAUAUUUUAAUCUUCAUUUUUAAUCCUCUGUGGUUAUUCAAGAAUAUUCCUUACAUUUUUGCUGCUUUAAUCAACUAACCUCAAAUCUGUUUGAAAGCUAAAACUAGCUCUAGCACUAUCAAAAACAAUUUGUGAAAACAUACAAUAAGAUAUGAAGUUAUAUUGCAGUGACACUGUCAUUUGUUGCUUAGUAUUACAAAUCUAAUUCUUAAAGUGAAGGCAAGUUGCUGUGCUCUUUACACUGAAUUGUUCCAUCCAGCUCCUUACCCAAACAGAUGAGCUAGUGCUCUUGCAGUGUAACCACAGCACAGCAUAGAUCACUUCUUUUUCAAAGUGACACUGGUUCUUACAAGUGAAACCCAGUACACAUCUUUGCCACCCUUCAGCCCAGUUAUUUAGGCAAAUGGUACUUUGCAGAAGCUUAAAACUUUUCUGAGAAAGCUUCAGUGUGCCUGCAAGUUGAAGCUCAGCAGCAGAAGUAUUCGUGGCUUUUCUUUUCCAGGGGCUUCCUUCAGUCAAACUGUGCAGUUUAAACAGACUGUCAGUUAAAUAUGUAAAUAGUUUCUAUUGUAUGGUGAUUUUUAAUUUUAAUAAACACUUAAUCUGAA